UACUCCGUAGUCGGUACGCGGUCGGUAGUUUAGGCUUCAGGUUCAGUAUUUUCAUUUCAUUUGUAUGCAGUCGACAUUACAAGCUUCAUUCUUUUGAGAAUAGCAGUUUGGUUGUUGAAUUGUUACAAAAAUCAUGGCAGGAUCAAACCCAUUCCAGAAGUAUCUGAAAACUCUGACGGUAGGCAGUAAGGAGUACAAAUAUUUUGACUUGCCAGCUCUUGGAAGUCAAUAUGAUAAGCUGCCCUACUCAAUUCGGGUACUGCUGGAAUCGGCGGUGAGGAACUGCGAUAACUUCCAAGUGAGAGAGAGCGACGUGGACAAUGUGUUAAACUGGAAUCAAAGCAAGGCUAUAGAGGGCGUCGAAAUUGCUUUCAAACCGGCUCGUGUUAUUCUACAGGAUUUGACAGGCGUAGCAGCCGUGGUGGAUUUUGCGGCGAUGCGAGAUGCAGUGAAAGACCUGGGUGGAAAUCCAGACAAGAUCAACCCCAUCUGUCCCUCGGAUCUGGUCAUUGAUCACUCGGUGCAGGCUGAUUUUGUCAGAUCUCAAGAUGCUCUCAGCAAGAACGAAGCUCUUGAAUUUGAAAGGAAUAUGGAACGGUUCACAUUCCUGAAGUGGGGCACGAAAGCGUUCCGCAACAUGCUGAUCGUGCCACCCGGCUCUGGCAUCGUGCACCAGGUGAACCUGGAGUACUUGGCGAGGGUGGUGUUCACAGACGGCGAGGUGCUCUACCCUGACUCAGUGGUCGGCACAGACUCGCACACCACCAUGAUCAACGGCCUGGGUAUUGUCGGAUGGGGAGUUGGAGGAAUCGAAGCAGAGGCAGUGAUGCUGGGUCAAGCGAUCACCAUGCUGCUACCGGAAGUUGUUGGUUACAAAAUUGUUGGCAAGCUCAACCAGUAUGUUACAUCUACUGAUCUUGUACUUACCAUUACAAAGCACCUGAGACAGCUGGGAGUGGUGGGCAAGUUCGUGGAGUUCUUCGGGCCGGGAGUGGCCGAGCUGUCCAUCGCCGAUCGUGCGACAAUCAGUAACAUGUGUCCCGAGUAUGGAGCCACCAUCGGCUUCUUCCCGGUCGACAGCAACAGUUUGGAGUAUUUGCGACAGACUAACAGAUCAGAGAUGAAAAUCCAGUGUGUGGAGACUUAUUUGCGAGCGACGAAGAUGCUGCGCAACUUUGCCGACUCGAGCGAGGACCCCACCUUCUCCGAGGUGGUGACCCUUGACCUGAGCACAGUCGUGUCGUGUGUGUCGGGCCCCAAGCGCCCUCAGGACAAGGUCGCCGUAAGCGAGAUGAAGACGGACUUCGUCGGAUGUUUGACUAACAAGAUUGGCUUCAAAGGAUUCGGCCUGUCACCCGAUGUGUUGAACAAGAAAGUGCCUUUCCAGUUCCAAGGCAAAGAGUACACUCUACAGCAUGGCUCUGUUCUCAUUGCUGCCAUCACGUCUUGUACAAACACAAGUAAUCCUUGUGUUAUGCUUGGCGCUGGUUUGUUGGCGAAGAAAGCAGUGGCUCUGGGCCUGUCGGUGGCCCCCUACGUGAAGACAAGCCUUUCGCCCGGCUCAGGUGUGGUCACCUACUACCUGAAGGAGAGCGGAGUCGUGCCCGCCCUCGAGAAGCUCGGCUUUGAUGUGAUUGGCUUUGGAUGUAUGACCUGCAUCGGCAACAGUGGGCCUCUCGAUGACGCCAUAGUUGAGGCUGUCGAAAAGAACGACCUGGUGUGUUGCGGUGUUCUGUCCGGCAACCGUAACUUCGAGGGUCGAAUUCACCCGAACACUCGAGCCAACUACCUGGCCUCGCCUCUGCUCGUCAUCGCCUAUGCCAUCGCCGGCCGCGUUGACAUCGAUUUCGAGACUGAACCUAUUGGCAAAUCAUCGGAAGGCAAGGACGUGUUCCUGCGUGACAUCUGGCCUCUCCGCAGCGAGAUCCAAGCGGUUGAGAAGCAGCACGUGAUUCCAGCCAUGUUCAGGGAUGUGUAUGCCAAGAUUGAGAACGGCUCAAACAAGUGGCAGGCCCUGAAGGCUCCCUCCGAUCAGCUGUAUCCCUGGGAUGCACAGUCCACCUACAUCAAGCGGCCACCGUUCUUCGCUGGCAUGACCAAGGACCUGCCCGCCAGGACGAGCAUCACAGGAGCGCGUGUGUUGCUGUUUAUGGGUGACUCAGUCACAACUGACCACAUCAGUCCGGCCGGCAGCAUAGCACGCAACAGUCCCGCUGCCAGAUAUCUCGGACAGAGAGGAUUGACGCCGAAGGAGUUCAACUCGUACGGCUCACGACGAGGCCACGACGAGGUGAUGGCUCGAGGCACAUUCGCCAACAUCAGGCUCGUUAACCGGCUCGUUACAAAGGCUGGGCCCCGCACCAUUCAUCUCCCAUCCAACGAAGAGUUGGAUGUGUUCGACGCAGCACAGCGCUACCAAGCGACCAACACUCCUUUGAUUCUGAUUGUGGGUAAGGAGUAUGGCAGUGGCUCCUCCAGGGACUGGGCCGCCAAGGGACCUCUCCUAUUGGGUGUGAAAGCAGUGAUCGCCGAGUCGUACGAGCGCAUCCACCGGUCGAACCUGGUCGGCAUGGGUCUGAUUCCGCUGCAGUUCCUGCCGGGUGAGACGGCUGACAGCCUCGGCCUCACCGGCCAGGAGACCUACACCAUCGAGCUGCCAGGCGACCUGCAGCCCAAGCAGCAGCUGACUGUCCGCCUCGACACCGGCAAACACUUCCAGGUUGUCGUCCGCUUUGACACCGAGGUCGAUCUCACCUACUAUAAGCAUGGCGGCAUUCUCAACUAUAUGGUUAGGAAGAUGGCUCAUUGAGAGUAGCUCCUAUACAGGAACGAGAUAUUGUAUCUGAGAAGCGUAUGUACUUGAUUAUCGAGAGUAGCUCCUACCAUGUACACAGGAACAAGAAAUUGUAUCUGAGAAGCGUAUGUACUUGAUUAGAUAGAUAGAUAGAUAUAAAAAACUGAAAAGUUGAUGGACAUAUUUAUAGAAUGGUCCGGUUCCACAAAAGUAUGUUUAAUUUUAAUCGUGAUCAACUUAAUUUCACGAGAACUAAUAAGAGAAGGCUUUUUCGAAAUAGUACUUUACGUAACAAGUCCGGUAACGAUAAUUUACCUCAUAAGUAUGAUUGUUUCUGCCCGAAACGUAGUUGAGGGCAGAAUUAUCAUACGAAUGCGGUAAAUACGUUACCGUACAAGUUACGUACAAUAUUUUUUGUCAUACUUAUCUGAGAAAGAAUAAUAUUGCUGAGAAACAGAAACCAUUACCUGCUGCUGCUCGAGCUACUGCAUUCUAUAAACAUGACCUAGCCCGUAGCGCCUAGUUCAUAACAGACAGACCCUUCGAGCUCAAAUAAAAUAAUAAGGGCCUAAAUUAUGAGAUUUCAGAUGAGUUCUUAUAACUUGAAACUCCUUAAAUGAGUUCUUUAAUUAUUUGAGUUAGUAUAUUAAUUACUCAGAUGCUAUUAGGACUUAGUAGAGUCCUAACAUACUCGACUGAAGAGAGAACAUUAUCAUUUCUUUACAGUAUAGUAUGCUGUAAUGAAAAUCACAUGUUUUCUUGUUCUGCAAACAGCUGUUUACCGGCUUGAUUCAAUGCAUGAAAAACAGCUGCAAUUGAGUAAGUAUGACAAAAAAAUGUUUCAAUCGUGAUUAAUUUCACCAGAACGAAUCAGUGAAGGAUUUUUCGAAAAGAAGGAUUUUAAUGGUGAUUAAUUUCACGAGAACUAAUCAGAGAAGGCUUUUUCGAGAAGAAGUCUUCUUUGAUUGGUUCUCGUUAAAUUAAUCACGAUUGAAAUUUAACCGGCUUUUGUGCAACUGGCACAUAGUAUUGUAUUUUCUAUUGAAUAGACAGACGUAUCAAUACAAUUCUAUUACAUAACAAGACAGAACAUUUUAUAGAUUUUUAAAAUAAGUAUUCAAUUUUCUAUAGAAUAAAGUUCCAAUAGAAUUUUAUUACAUCAUGGCAGAUAUUUUAUCAAAGAAUUUUUGAAAAUAUCAGUAUAGUGUGGUAUUCCCAACUACUGUAUAUGGCUAGGAAGAUAAUUAUAUUUCUUCAUUGUGAGAAUGUACUAGAAUACGCUGAGCUUGAUUACUAACUGGAGGUAGCACCCACUGGUCGAGGGAAAGCGUUCAAUACACUGAGCUGAAUAAUAAAUAACUGAAUAAUAAUAACUAUUAAUAAUAAUAACUGGAUAAUAAUAAUAAUUAUAGGACUACAGAGUUGUCAAUUCUCUUUUACCACCGCCUUCUACAGUAGGCUAGAUAGCUAUGAUUCAAGUUAUUCCAGUUUAUCUGAUAUAUUAAUAUCAAUAAUUGAUAUUAUUGUUGAUUCUUGUUAAUAAUGAUCAACUCUAUCUGAAAUAUUUCUAUUCGUCAAGAAAAUGUGUUUUCUCUUGAUUUAGUAACAUAUUUUCAUAAUUGAGUUGAAAUAUUUUGGUAGUUAAUUAAAUUUCUUUAUUGCCAAUAAAUGAUUUGGCAACAGAACGGAGGUAGAAAAUGAUAGCGCUAUUUACUUUGUCUAAUUACGGACAAGGAUAGCAAACCAAUGUUAAUCAGGAGCUGACUUAAUUUGGUAAAAUCUUACUAUAGGCUACCCAUAGAUACUGCUACCUCCAGUUAGUGAUUUAGCUCAAUGCUACAAUUUAAAGGGAGAGGAAAACUCAAUCUGAGAAGCUUCCCACUUUAUUGGAAAGUUCAAACUAAAAAUAGAAUUGUUCUGUAUAGUAGGUGGUACAAAUACAAGCAUUACUUUAGUUUUAGCUGAAUAGUCAGAAAGUUAAUCUGUUAAAAAUAUACCCCACAAUUUUAUUUAUAGGAAGGAGAAAUAUAAAUCUAAAUGCAUUUUUGUACUUGAUUAGGAAGCUCAAACUGAGAAAUUAUAGAUAAUAAUUUAUAGACAAUUUUAUAUACUUCUAUUAAACUUUGACAAAAAUGUUUUAGGCCUACUUAUUUAAAAUGAAAAUACAACACCAUUGUUUGAACCACACAACUACAGUACCUACCGUACAUAAGUGGUCGAGAGAUUGUGAAUAUAGACCAAUAUUGUGAAAUCAACAUUUAGGAAACUAUAUGAGAAUAAGGAAAUACAACAAUCGAACAUUUUUUAACUAAUACUAGAUUUAAAAGUUUUUUUUUUAAAGUUCUAGUAAAACAAUAAUCUCUCAACAUGGAUUUUAAUUUGAAACAAUAUCCUUUUACUGUAACCGUAGAAUAUAAGACUAGAAUAGAAUACGGUAGUAGCUAUGCUCUCUCUAUGGUGUAACAAAGUUAUAAUUAAAAGCUGUUUUGCUUAAGAGACUGGAGUUAUUUGUUGGUUUUUCAUUUAGCUUUGAAAUAUUAUGUUAUUGAGAUAAUAAUUGUAAUAGGGAUUUGUUGAAUAUUAUCUAUUAUUGUUAGCGAAAUAUAUUAUUUGGUGAUUGUUAUUAAAUUUAUGUCUAUUGAAAUGUGUACGCAUAAGCCUUUUUAACGCAAUAUUCUUGUAAUAGAACAUUUUGUUUGUAUUGUUGAAUAAAUAAUUGUAUUUUUAUAAA